UUGUGGUCCGUGCUCGCCUGUGCGCCGCUGCCCGGUGUCACCUCGUUCUCCGUCCGGCACGCCGCUGCUUGCCGCUCGGUGCUCAGCUCGGGGAUGCUGCCCGCCACCGCAGAGAUGGAGUUGGAGCACAAACACGGCAAAGUGUCGGACGGAGUUUGAGACAAAGGGAGGGGGGCUUUAGCAUCAGUUUGUCCGACUCGCCUCGCCGCUGGAUGGGUGUUGGUCGAGAUUUAAGGUCGUGAAUUUAACAGCCCGGGCAAAGAUGAAGCUGCUGAAGCCGAGCUGGGUGAGCCACAACGGCAAACCCAUAUUUUCAGUCGACAUCCAUCCUGAUGGGACUAAAUUUGCAACCGGUGGCCAAGGGGAGGAUUCGGGGAAGGUGAUGAUCUGGAACAUGGCACCGGUCCUCAGAGAGGAGGACGAGAAGAACGAGACUGUUCCCAAAAUGCUCUGUCAGAUGGACAACCAUCUCGCCUGUGUGAACUGCGUGCGCUGGUCCAACAGCGGCUCGUAUCUGGCCUCGGGCGGCGACGACAAGCUGGUCAUGGUGUGGAAACGAGCUGCAUUCAUCGGUCCGAGCACGGUGUUCGGCUCGAGCAGCAAGCUGGCCAACGUGGAGCAGUGGAGGUGUGUCACCAUCCUGAGGAACCACACUGGAGAUGUGAUGGACGUGGCGUGGUCUCCUCACGACGUCUGGCUCGCCUCCUGCAGCGUCGACAACACCAUCGUCAUCUGGAACGCUCGCAAAUUCCCAGAGAUGGUGACCUGCCUGCGGGGACACACCGGGCUGGUCAAAGGCCUGACCUGGGACCCGGUGGGGAAGUACAUCGCCUCGCAGGCCGACGACCACAGCCUCAAAGUGUGGAGGACGGUGGACUGGCAGAUGGAGGCCAACAUCACCAAACCCUUCAGCGAGUGCGGUGGUACGACCCACGUCCUGCGUCUGUCCUGGUCUCCAGACGGUCAGUACCUGGUGUCGGCCCACGCCAUGAACAACUCCGGACCCACGGCUCAGAUCGUGGAGAGGGACGGCUGGAAGACCAACAUGGACUUCGUGGGCCACCGUAAAGCCGUCACCGUGGUGAAAUUCAACCCAAAGAUCUUCAAGAAGAAGCAGAAGAACGGCAGCUCUCCUAAACCCAGCUGUCCGUACUGCUGCUGCGCCGUCGGCAGCAAAGACCGAUCGCUGUCCGUCUGGCUCACCUCUCUGAAGCGCCCUCUGGUGGUCAUCCACGAUCUCUUCGAUAAAUCCAUCAUGGACAUUUCCUGGACUCUGACCGGUCUGGGGAUGCUGGUGUGUUCGAUGGACGGCACCGUGGCCUACCUGGACUUCUCCCUGGACGAGCUGGGAGACCCGCUGAGCGAAGAGGAGAAGAACACCAUCCACCAGAACAUCUACGGUAAGAGCCUGGCCAUCACCAGCACCGAGGCCCAGCUCUCCACCACCAUCAUCGAGAACCCAGAGAUGCUCAAGUACCAGCAGGAGCGGCAGAACUCGGCCCAGGCCAACGCCGGACCGGGCAGCGCCGGGCCCGAGAACUCAGCUCCCAAACUGAACAGCGUGAUGAACGGAGAGUCUCUGGAGGACAUCAGGAAGAACCUUUUGAAGAAGCAGGUGGAGACGAGGACGGCAGACGGCCGACGACGGAUCACGCCGCUCUGCAUCGCUCAGCUGGACACCGGGGAUUUCUCCCCGGCUCUGUUCAACAGCGUUCCCAUCCUGCCGUCGGGUUCGUCCAUGUCCAGCCAGCUCACCAACCAGCUCAGCUCCGACUCCAGCCCGGGACAGGGGCUGAGGCCGAGCCACGACGCCAUGCUCACCUCUCCUCCUGCCAACAGCGCCGCCAAGGGGCUGGAGGACAACAACGACGGAGUGAAGUCCAGCCUGCUGCUCACUUCCGCCUCCAAGAUCGAGCCGAUGAAAGCUCUGGACUCCAGGUUCACCGAGAGGUCCAAGGCCACGCCGGGGGUCACGGCCGCCAUCUCCUCCACGGCCGGGCUCACGCCUCUGGACAGCAGGCCGAAGGACGCCCCGUCAGUCCUGAAAGACCCCAAAACCAAAGAGGAGACCAGCAGCGACAGCGAGGACAAGAUGGCCGCCAUCAACAAGAACCUGGCGUUCGGGAAGAGGAAACCCGAGCUGCUGCUGGACGGAGCAGAGGUGGUGGAGAAGAGGAAGAAGGGACGGCCCAGGAAGGACAAGAUGGCCGCCAGCAUGCCCCAGCCCUUCCCCCAGAUCACUCCUCCAGCAGAGCGUGAACCCAGCAGGGUCUCUGCUCCUCCUGCUCCGGUCGCCGUUCUCAAACUACCAACGCCGAGCACAAAGAAGGCCUUCGGUCUGCAGGUGAGCACGGAGCCGUCGGUGUUCCUGGAGGUGGAGAACGAGGUGUCGGUGGUCGCCGGGUCAAAGCUCAGCCAGCUGAGAUGCUCCAGAGACGGUCGGGACUGGAACACUCUGCUGCCCAGCUCAGUGGUCACAGCUGCAGGCAGCAGUGACGUCCUCGCCGUCGCCUGUGAGGACCGGAUGCUGUCGGUGUUUUCCUCGUGUGGUCGGCGCCUCCUCCCCUCCAUCCAGCUCUCCACGCCGGUGUCGGCGCUGCACUGCUCGGCCCACUUCGUCAUGGUUCUGACCGCCGGGGCCACGCUGUCUGUCUGGGAUGUUCACAAACAGAAGGCUCUGGUGAAGAACGAGUCCCUGCUGAGCAUCUUAUCUGGUGCCGACACCUCGGUGUCUCAGUCUCUGCUGACCCAGCAGGGCGUCCCGGUCGUCGGACUGUCCAACGGGAAGUCGUACUGCUUCAGCUCCUCCCUGGAGACCUGGACUCUGAUAGCAGACAAAGGAGACUCUCUGGUCCAGUGUGCCGACUUCAGGAGCUGCCUGCCUACCCACGAUGCACCUGUGUCUUCAGGGCCGCUGGCCGUCAUGCAGGGACGCAACCUCAACGCCGGGCGGCUGGCGUCCCGACUGUCCUCCACGCCUCAUCACCUGCAGCAGAGCAUGACGCUGGCCUUCCUGGAGAACCAGCUGGCGUCGGCUCUGACGCUGCAGUCGGCGCAGGAGUACCGGUACUGGCUGCUCAUCUACGCCCGCUUCCUCGUCAACGAAGGUUCAGAGUACCGUCUCAGAGAACUCUGUAAGGAGCUGCUGGGUCCCGUCCACAAAUCAGCAGCGACGUCCUGGGAGCCGACAACCCUGGGUCUUCGUAAACGGGAGCUGCUGCGGGAGGUUUUACCCGUCAUCGGUGAAAACCUGCGAUUCCAGAGACUCUUCACGGAAUACCAGGACCAGCUGGAGCUGCUGCGCAACAAAUAACACAAACGGACCCGCACACAAACACACAAACGGACCGACACCGGCUCGAAUCGCUGCACGGACUUUACAAACACCACCCGAGUGUUUCAGAACUUUAGCAGCUUUUCCGGCCAUCGUUUUUUUCAGUUUGAACUUUUGUCUUUUUAUUUUUCUUUCCUUCCAUAUAAAUGUGCUUUCUCUGGCCUAUGCACCUCCUCCUGCCCUCCGAAUUAUGAAAUUAAACACUGAAGAGAGACGCUGAUCUGGAGGUUUGGUUCUGUGGCUUCAGAAUCUGAGAUGAAGAUAAGAAUCGGACACAAAACAGAGCAAUAUGUUGGUACCAAAGCGAUCCAGAGGAGGGUUUAUGAAGCCAGAGGAGGUUCUUCUGAAGCCAAAAUGUUUAGCCCAGUCAAACACUCGACUGCAGUAGGGAAUUCUGGGAAAUGGAGUCACAAGGGAUGAAACAAAGCUUCUAAAGCAGCACUUCUUACAGAAAAAGCACAAAUUUUGGGCUUUCAGAACUUCUGUUUUGUGGUUCUCUGUCUGCAAAAUGUGCAAAAGUACCAGAUUUCUGCCUGGAUCCAAUCUCUACAAGUGGUGCGUUUAGCCAGCGAUAGCUUCAAAAAGUCAUUUCUGUGCAGCGAAGAGAGUCAAAUCCAGUUUCUACUCCUGAAAAUUCAGCUUUACGACUCUGAAGAAGCAGCCAAAAGCCAGAAAAACAACUUCACAUGAUGCCAGAGUAGAUUACAAAAGUAGAAAACCAUUUUCAGACGCUGGUUAUAAACCGUCAGCGUCUCUAAAAUCAACCAGAUCAAACGUUUUGCAGACGAUGUCGGAUUGUACGUUUUUAAUAUCGAUCAUGAAAGUCCGAUAUUUCUCCAUGUUUUGUGGUUCUCUGCUUCCAAACUGUUCGUUGUAGAUUUAAUCUCUAAAUGUGGUGUUCAGACAGAUCCAAAAAGUCCCUUUUGUGCAUCUAAGGAGACAGCCAAAAACCACAAAACCACCUUAACGUGAUGCUAGCGUAAAUAAGACGAGUCAAAAACCGAUUCCAGACUCUGGUUAUAAACCGUCAGCGUCUCUAAAAUCAAUCAGAUCAAACGUUUUGCAGAUGAUAUUGGAAUAUGUAUUUUUAAUAUUGAUCACGAAAGUCCGAUAUUUCUCACAUUUGUUGUUUUUUCAUGCAUGUUUUGUGGUUCUCUGCUUCCAAAAUGUGCAAAACUACUUGAUUUCUGGCCGUUGGUUCUGGAUUUAAUCUUUAAAUUUUGUGCGUUUAGCCAGCAAUGACUUCAAAAACCAAUUAUGUGCAGUGAAAAGAGUUCUAGCAUCAAUUAUUUGACUGUUCCUCUCUGAGUAAGCAGCUGAAAACUACAAAAACAUGAAACCAGAGUAAAAAAAGUAGAUAAAUGACAGCUAGCUUAACGGUGAUGGUUUUAAAAUGACACCAGACGCCGACGAGAAACCUUCAGCGCCUCUAAAAUCAAGAUCAGACGAUUUGCAGACGAUGUUGGAUUUUACGUUUUUAAUAUCGGUCGUGAAAAAUCAGUUUUUCAGCAACAUUUGUGGUUCUCUGUCUGCAAAAUGUGCAAAACUACCCGGUUUCUGGCUGUUUGUUCUGGAUUUAAUCUCUAAAUAUGUUUUUUUUUAGCCAUCAAUAACUUCAGAAAGUCAUUUUUGUGCACUGAGGAAGCAGCCAAAAACCACAAAAACACCUGAACGUGAUGCCGGCGUCAAUAAGACGAGUAGAAAACUGAUUCCAGACGCUGAUUAUAGACGGUCAGCGCCUCUGAAAUCAACCACAUCAAACGUUUUGCAGAUGAUGUUGGAUUGUACGUUUUUAAUAUCGAUCAUGGAACGUCAGAUUAAAUCAUAUUUGAUGAGUUUUCCAGCGAUGUCGCUACACGAUGCAACUAUAGGUCAAAAAAUCUCACGUUUUUUUAACUCCUCUGGAUAAAUGUGUCCGAUAAUCGUGUUGGAUCCGAUCAGAGAAGCGUUCUCCAUUUGUUCUUUUGUAAAUAAGCUGAAAAUAAUCGUGAAAACACACAUCCAGGACUUUUUAAGGCUCCUAUUCUCUUCGCGUUUCUCUGCCUAAACCGCUUGGAGGAAACAGGACUAAAGGGAGGAGAGUUCGUGUCCGUCAGCAGGUUUCACUCGAUUCACGAGUUUUAUUCUUUCCUUCUUCGGUUCCUUUCUCCUGAUUUUUUUUGUUUUUCUGUUGCCGUUAGUCGGUUUUUUUAAUGUUUCUACAAGGUUUAUUUUGUUGUUGUUGUUUUUGAUUUUCUAUAAGAAAAAGAAAAUAAUGAGCAGCUGAAAUUUUGCUUUGGAAAAAAAGUGAAAAUUAAACUAAUGAGGAACAGUU